AUGAUCGGGAGCGUCCAGCACAUGAUCUCCCUGCUGAUCCUGCACGAGCUCCGCGCCGCCGCCGUUGGCUCCACAUGUCUCACCGCCGACCAGGUGAAGGCGCGCGAGGACAGGUUUGAACCCUACCUGAAGAAGCUCGACCAUCAGCGGCACGUCCGCGAGCAGCAGCAACAACACCUGGCCACGUGCGGACAGGCAGCCCGGGAAAUGCACGCGCUGAGCGGCCGCGCGCUGUCCCCGUGGAUGUACUAUGUAGACCACGAUGACAGCAGGUAUCCACCUGACAUCACCUUUGCCAAGUGCCUUUGUACGGGAUGCAUCAUCAAAGGGAGUGAAGACCAUAGCUACAACUCUGUGCUUCUCAUGGCUCCGCAGCUGGUCCUGAUAAAGACCAAGUGCAAGGACGGCACAAACACAUACUGGGUCAAAAAGACGCGCAUCGAUGUCCCCGUGGGCUGCACCUGUGCAAGACCCAUAAGUGGUAACUGAUCUCAGAAACUGAGCAUACACUCACACUGAAGCCCAUUUU